CCAGUGCAGGUGCAGCCGGGCCGGGCGCAGCGGCAGCGAUGGGGCCGGCGCGGUGGGGCUGGGGCCGGGCGAUGCUGGCGGCGCUGGGGCUGCUCUGGGCAGCCGGGCGAGCCCUGGCGCAGGAGGUGCAGACGGAGAACAUGACAGUGGUGGAGGGUGGCGUGGCCGAGAUCAACUGCCGGCUGCACCGAUAUGAUGGCUCCAUCGUGGUGAUCCAGAACCCGGCCCGGCAGACGCUCUUCUUCAACGGCACGCGUGCGCUGAAGGAUGAGCGGUUCCAGCUGGUGGAGUUCACCCAGAGGCAGGUGCGGAUCCUGCUCUCCGACGUCCGGCUGGAGGACGAGGGCGGCUACUUCUGCCAGCUCUACACCGACGACACGCACCACCAGAUCGCCUCGCUCACCGUGCUGGUGGCCCCCGAGAACCCGACGGUGGAGGUGAAGGAGCAGGCGGUGGAGGGCGGGGAGGUUGAGCUGACGUGCGUCGUGCCCCGGUCGCGCCCCGCGGCCACCCUGCGCUGGUACCGGGACCGGCGGGAGCUGCGAGGGCUCAGCAGCCGGGAGCAGCUGGGGAAGGUUUUCCAGGUCAGCACAUCGGUGAGGCUGCGGGUCGAGCGCCGGGACCACGGCACCAUCGUGACGUGCGAGGCCACGCACCCCGCCCUGCGCGGGCAGCGGAAGCAGACGCAGUACGUGCUAGACGUGCAGUACUCGCCCACGGCGCGGAUCCAGCCCAGCCAGGCUGUGCUGCGUGAGGGUGACACCCUGCUCCUCACCUGCGUUGUCAACGGCAACCCGCUCCCCACUGAGAUCACGUGGAGCCGGGCGAACGACUCGCUGCCUGAGCGGGCGCAGAUCGAGGGCGCGGAGCUGACGCUGCCGGUGCUGAGCCCGGGCGACAACGGCACCUACGCCUGCCACGCGGCCAACAAACACGGGCGCGCCUCCGACCAGUAUGUGCUGGUGGUGUACGACCCCGGGGCCAUUGUGGAGGCCCAGACCUCGGUGCCCUACGCCAUUGUGGGCGGCAUCCUUGCCCUGCUGGUCUUCAGCAUCAUCUGCGUCCUGAUUGGCAUGGUGUGGUGCUCCAUCCGGCAGAAAGGUUCGUACCUGACGCACGAGGCCAGCGGGCUGGACGAGCACGGGGAGGCGCGGGAGGCGUUUCUCAACGGCGGGGACGGCCACAAGCGCAAGGAGGAAUUCUUCAUCUGAGCCGAGGGCGGAGCCGGGGGCGGAGCCAGGGGAGAGUUUGGACCAGCCCAUCGAGCAGCGGCCCAACCACGGGAUUGGGGGGGUGGGGGGGCUGGUUUAAUUUUUGAAACCAAGGCCUAUGUGCCAGCAGCGUGGGGUUCAAGCCCCACCCCUGGACUGUGAGGC